AUGGCUAAACGGAAACGAGAUGGCCAGGCUGCUGGACGGCCUUCGGUGCAGGUUGAACCUCACCAUCUCUAUUUGCCAGACAAUCAGCAGACACGAUCCGUCGUGAGGCCAUCACAAGUCCUGCCAGCUAUGGCGCCGUACCACUUGGCCAUCGAUUUCGAGCAGUGGGAGAAGUGCAAGACUCAUCAAUGCGAGCAUCACGCACCUCGCAACUUCCCAUGGGGUCAUAUACUCCAACCACAAUUCUACGAGGCUCGCCACGAAUCAACUGCACAGUUACGAAAGCUGCAAGCCACGAUCAAGAAUCUACGACGGGAGAAUGAGAUGAUUCGAGAUGACUUGGAGGAGUAUCAUAGGAUGUUCGAGCUUGAGGAACGACCGGGUGUUGCUCAAAUAAUCGAGGUCGAUAUGCAGGAUGUUGUGGAGGACUCUGUUGACGGUGAAGACGACGAGAAGGAAAGUGAAGGCGAGGAAGCUGCUGGGACAGGAAGUGAGGAAGAGCAGGUGGAGGUGGAAGGGCACACUUCGGCAGAGGAGGGAGAGGCGGACGAGGAGAGUAGUGAGGAGGAGACAGAGGACGAGCCACUGGAGGGUGAGGAGAUCGUUGCGGAUGUAGCAGAGGUUCCAAACCUGCAUGAUGAGCAAAUGGUUGAUAUUAAGGCAAAGGCUGGCAACAAGCCCGAGUCUUCUGCCGCUGUCGACGAUCCAUCUCAUACUGAAGAAGGACUUCAGGCAAUCCAGGCAGACACUGAGGUAGUAGAUGAAGUGUAUGAGUCUGCUGCAGAAGAUGUGAUGGCGCAUGAUCAUCCUGUGCUUCUUCCUCCUCUCUUAGCUACCGACCUUAAUGCGGGAGACAACUUCGACAGACGAUUCAAGAAUGGUGAGGCUUCGACCACUGAUAUUGCCGCCACACCACACGGCCUGCCAAUGAUUCCAAGGCAUGCUUCACCUGCCCAGCCAGCUGUCGCUCAAGUCUUCAUCGUCAUCUUCCGUACCUUACGUGAAGAAGGCGAUGAUCUUUGUGAGCUCCAAGGCGCCUUCACCAGCAUCGUAUCUGCGAACGAAGCAGCGCACUCGGUACUGAGAAGUCUGGUCCCAUACCUCGAAGACGACGAGAUCUACGACAAGCCUCCCUCGGAACUUCUUUGGCCAAACGCUAGCCACCUUGGCAUGCCAGAACGUCGAUAUACUUCGGAUGGCGAGAUCAGACUAUCGGUCGACCACAAAGAUCUGGGCAUGACUUUCGUUUCAGUCGUACGUCAAGAUCUGGAUGUGAUGCCCGUGGAGAGCUUCCAAGACAAUUCGGCUGCCAUUGAACAGAAUCAAAUCCCGACCCGUCCUGGGCAUCAGUGGGAUUGGCCUACGGAUCGGCAAAGUACUGCGAUCCGUGAACACUCUGGGUGCGGAGGCCUUCGAAAAGGCUCGGAUGACGAACGCAACCGUUCCGAGCCUCAGCCCUACGUCAUGGCUCAUCAGUUCACUUUUGACUCGACAUUCAUGGGAAAGGCAACGGAUCGUAUACAUAUGGCGAUAUUCAACAUGGCGUCGACCACCACUGCAACUCAGAUCUUCAGCAUCACCACCUCGCUCCUGGCAGCAGGCAGUCUAACAACAACGUCUCUAAUCGAAAUUCCCCAGCUUCAGUCCCAGCCCGCAUCACGCGCGCUACCGCAACUCCGUUGGUACUUCUCCCGAGGAUCGCACAUCUUCCCACAAGCGGCUGGCCUCUCAGCAGCAGGAUUCAUUUACCUCGCCAUCAACGCUCUACCACCGAAUCAGCUCAGCAAUACCCUGACAUAUGCUCUGCAAGGAGGCAAAGUGUCGGGCUACCUGGCCGCGGCAGCCUUGUCGUUCGGAAUUGCACCCGUGACCAUGUUCCUCAUGAUCCCGACAAAUUUCGCCAUCAUCAAGAUGAACGAAGAACUGGGAGGUGCUCGCAGUGAGAAAUCUGCUAAGCAAGGUGGCGCAAAGCCAAAAGAUCGCAAGGCUGAGGACGCCUUAGACGGGGAGGACCAAGCGAACCAGUUCACGGAUCUUAGUGGACCGCAGAGCAAGACUACACAAGACUCUUCUCCAGAACAGGACAGAAAGGCGAGAGAGCUCCUUGGCAAAUUCGCCCAGCUCAAUGGUCUGAGAGCGGCAUUGAUGCUUGCGGGUGGUGUUGUUGGACUGUGGACCGCUCUGGCUUAA